AUGGAGUCUUUGGAGCAUCUGUUCUGCACCUGCAACUUGUCACGUGAAAUUUUUGGUAAUCCUCCUUUCUCCUUUCCUCAAUCUCAUAUUACCUGGAAAGAUUGGUUACUGGAAAGAGCAGUUACUCUAACUCCUGCUAUGUUCGAUAAGUUGUUGGUGUUAUUGUGGAGUAUUUGGAGAAACCGGAAUGAGGUUCUAUGGAGGGAUAAAGGAAAGUCUCCUCAUCAGAUUAUCAUUGCAGCCAUGGCUUGGUAUGAGGAAUAUUUACAAGCCAAUGUGGCCCAUCAGACAUCAUCGGCUGUGAAUAGACAGAGUGGAAGGAAGUUUUGGAAACCUCCAUUUGGCACAGCUCUCAAACUUAAUGUCGAUGGAGGUUUCCUCCCUACUACUAACCAGGGUGGUUUGGGUGGUGUAGUUCGAGACUCUCAAGGACAUUUUAUUGCUGGCUUUGCGCAUAGCAGAAUGGAACAUGUCAGUUCCUCCCUCCAUGCUGAGUAG